AUGACGGAAAUUCGGUCCUCGCAAGCUGGUCUGGAGGAUCCGGAUCAGCAGGCACACCAUGUCUCGAAGAAUUCAAAUCGGGAUGUGAAUCGGCCAGAGGAGUCAUCACAACCGUCAAAUGACUCCGAACCCCGUUCAUCGAAAUCAUCGACCAGACAAGCGCCCCCUAUAACCGAUGUCUCAGAAGCAGCGGCUACCUUUCGUCAGGCGUUCCCGAGUAUCUACGGGACACGCACCCCUUCGAAUCGAUCGUCCUCCAGUUCUCUACAGGCCCUCAAUGAAGACACAGUGGUCGAUGCGCGAUCGGAAAAUGGUAGCGUUGGAAGGAGCCCUCGGAGGACUUCGAGACAGUCAGAGAAUGAACUACCCGUCUACCCCGAUCAAUCCUACGCCUCCCUCCAAUCCCAGAUUCACCCCACCUGGCAACCACCAUACGUUGCAGAACCGGAGCCUCUGCCCAGGUCUGCAUACGCUCGUGGUGUGCGCACGGCGGGCAACACCCCCUUAUCCAGCCCGGGUUUGUUUUCCAUGAGACAUUCCCGCCACUUCGGAACGCCAUCGGGAUCUGACGACGAUGUUUCUACGGGAAGCUCCUUACUCCACCCCUCACACCUACAGCCUCCGAAAGAAACACACACCGCUGCUGUGGACCGUGACAUCAUCACAGGCAACAAAACCAUCAAUCAGUACGAAAUACUGGAGGAGCUUGGACGAGGCGAACACGGGAAGGUGAAACUGGGCCAGCAUGUUGCGACCGGGCAACAGGUCGCUAUCAAAAUCGUCCAACGAUACUCCAACAGGCGUCGCUUAGGCAAGCUGGGCAACCCAGAAGACAAGGUGAAGAAGGAAGUCGCCAUUCUAAAGAAGGCGCGGCAUCCAAACGUUGUCAGUUUGCUGGAAGUUAUCGACGACCCAAACCGCCAGAAAGUGUACAUCGUGCUGGAAUAUGUGGAAAAUGGCGAGAUUGUCUGGCGCAAAAAAGGUCUCCGAGAAAUCGUGCAUGUCGACAAAUUGCGUCUCGACCGAGAGAAGAACGGAAUACCAGAUACCCCCGCGUUCUUGGAAGAAAGCCACCAGUUCAUUCGAACUGCUCAGCAUCUUCGACGCCAACGGGAGAGAGCACGCGAGAGAGUUGAAGCACAGGCUGCUGACGCCCAGCAGGGACCAAUCCCUGCCUGGAGUUUGGAGCACGGUGCCGAGUCUUCAGACGAGGAAGACGAGGAUACUGGUCUCCCUAUCAGGAGAUCAUCUAGCCGCUCUGUUGCGGUGACUGAUGAAUCCAGCCCCUCGUCCGCUCAAGAUGCAUCUCUCAAUGCUGUUGAAGGCAGCAUGUAUGGCGCCUACUCAGAUUAUCCAUUCGAGCGACGUUUCAGCACUACGUCCAGCAGCUUCGGCUAUGCACCUUCCGAACCCGAGUGGUCUGCAGAGGGCGAUGACAUGGCAUACGUCCCUUGUUUGACCAUCAGUGAAACUCGCAGCGCCUUCCGUGACUCGGUCCUUGGCUUGGAAUAUCUUCAUUACCAGGGUAUUAUCCACCGCGAUAUCAAGCCGGCCAACCUUCUUGUCACUAGCAACCACCGGGUGAAGAUCUCUGACUUCGGUGUAUCUUACUUGGGACGUCCAAUGCGUGACGAGGAAGAAGAACAAGUGGGCGAGACCGACGCAACCGAAUUGGAUGACGCCCGUGAACUGUCAAAGACGGUCGGCACGCCUGCUUUCUAUGCCCCUGAACUGUGUUACACUGGUGAUGACUUCGUGGAAACCAUCGGGUCGAUUCCCAAGAUCACCGGCGCGAUCGACGUCUGGUCGCUCGGUGUGACAUUGUACGGAAUGGUUUUCGGUCGUCUGCCAUUUGUUUCAGAUGAUGAGUACAGCAUGUUCCAGACGAUCGUGAAGAAGGAAGUCUUCAUUCCAAGGAAGCGCCUCGUGCCCGUCGUUGACGAUGUCUGUGAUUCCAGUCAAUGGAACCUCAGAAGUAGCGAUGAGCUUGUUUACGAGGAUAUCGACAACGAGCUAUAUGACCUGCUUAGGCGCCUUUUGACCAAGGAUCCCGUCAAACGAAUCACCUUGAAGGAGAUCAAGCACCACCCUUGGACUCUUCAUGGUCUUCCCAACCCUCGCAUCUGGAUUGAAGAGACUGACCCCGGUUACCAAAGCAAGGGCAAGCGCAUUGAGGUGUCCAACGAAGAAGUCACCACUGCUGUCAGCAAAGUGCCGUUCAUCCAACGCGUUCGGUCCAAUGUCGCCAAGUGGUUCGGCGGCAAAUCUAAAGAAAAAGAAUCUCGCAAACGCAACUCGAGCGCAACGCCGUCGACUGAAACCCUUUCGUCUACCGCAACCAACAGCACCUUUGGGAAGAACUCCAACCCCCGAGACAGUCGCCGUUCCAGCCUGCGAGGGGAUGAGGAUUUCUUCCGCCCGCUCAAAACUGGUGCCCAGGGACAUCCACUUGCUCAGAGCGUCACCGCCAGCCCGGUUGACGAAGGUGACUGGAAUUCUUACUUUGAUGGUGUGCCACUUGCCGCCGCACCCAAACCUUCUAUUGCAGCCAAGUUCGCUCCCGUUCCACCUCCCGUUGCCAUACCCCGACCUGGCCCACCUCGACGAGCAAAGUCAUCAAUGUCCACUACCGAAUCUACGAAGACGAUCAAGCCUACAAACUUCGAUGUUCCAAUGACUGUCCGGCCCCGGUCGGGCGUGCAUUCCUCUAUCAUUGAAGCUUUAGGACAAACCAACUUCGGAAGUCUCUUCAGUGGAUCCGCACGCCGGUCUUCACGAGGCAGCCGCAGUCGACGUACGUCGCCGUCUGGCGAGACAGGAUCCUUACGGAAAGAAGAAGAGCGACCUGCAGAGACUAGCACGGCCGAACCAAGUAUCGCCGUCAGCAAUGCAUCUGCGCAAGGACAAGUGAGGAUCCCCGGUCUGUGGCACGACGAUGAUCACCCCUCUACCGAAAAGUUGGCUCCGGUCCACGCCCAUCGACGCAAUCGCUCCUCCCAGCUCGAGGGCCAAUCAUCCGCGGACUCUUUCCACCUCACCAGAGAUGCACUUCUCCGCCGCAGACGGAGCGACAUCGAGCCGAAUGAGGGAAGUCCUCUCCGGGUCGACUACGCGAUGUACUCGACUGAAUCCCUUCUCCUACCACCAAUCAACCCGCCCACCAACCAAUGUCCCGAAAACACCAAAGAUGGGCUGACCUCCACCCCACCCACCAUCUCCUCCUCCUCUGCCGACGACUUCACCAGUGGCAUGUCGCAAAGCGCUUCGCAUCCUAGCAUCCCUUCCGUUGUUUCAAACGCUUCCUCUCUCUCCGGAGACGGUCACUCUUGUAAAGAUAAAGAUAUGGAAGAAGUCCCCUCCAUCCUGCGCACAGGCGAAACAGUCAAACCCGGCGGUCGAAACGCGUCUCCCAGACCUUCUGAAGAAGACGAGUCCCGCUACUAUUGUGACGACGAAGAAGAAGACGAAUCUUCGGAAGAAGAAGUCCUCAUGAUCGGGAAACGCAAGCCCGCCAAGACGGAACCGCCUUCGAACUGA